AUGAUGAAGAGAUUCUACAACACAGACAACGUGGAGAGAUUCGCCAUGGCCAACUGCGCCAUGAUCUCGAACAGAGCAGAAAGCAAGUCAUCUCAAGCGGCUCAAAUCUUCACGUGCAAGACAUGUCAACGUAGCUUCGCGUCUUUUCAAGCCCUAGGGGGCCACACGGCGAGUCACAAGCGGCCGAAACUCGGCGGCGGCGACACGGAGGCGGAGAAGCAGUUGCCGAAGCCCCACAGGUGCAGUGUGUGUAGUGCGGAGUUUUGGACAGGGCAGGCUUUGGGGGGUCAUAUGAGGAAGCAUCGCGCAGCCAAGAUUCUUGGGACUAAUGAGAGUUGUAAUAAUAAUAAUAAUGCUAGUUCUGUGACUAGUAGUGAUGGGCAUUAUGAUCUUGAUUUGAAGAUGAAGAUGGUUAGUAGUGAUUGUUAUGGUAAGAGGGUUUUGGGGCUUGAUUUGAAUUUGAGUCCGGAGGCGAAUGAAUUGAAGAUUUUCGGGUUCUAA